GCCUCCACUGCUACCCUAUCGUCCUCCAAUCUACAUCUGCUAGUGCAAAACAACCUCGACUGGGCCACUCUCGAUGAGCAUCCCGGCUUCCUUCUAUCAGAGGCACUCUCGGACUACUCAACGGCCUCGAUUGCAUGUGCCGGCCUCGCAGAGACGCUGGCAAGCCCCGGCAGUGCCAAUGUAGAUCUUCAGAAGCAGCUCUCCUACCUCCUCUACAAGGGCGUACUCAGCAGUGGGCAGUCCAUCUGGACCAGUGACUCGCAGCUACUGACCCUGAUUGGAACAGAUGGGAGCUACACACUAUCUGCAGCAGUCUCCAAGAGUGCACAGUACGCUGUUCUCUGCACUCAGAGCGCUCCACGUAAAACUGCCUACACUACCGACACUUCGAGCAAUUGGGACGUCCGAGUGAAGACACCUGCAGGAAGCGUCGUCACUGGCUAUCGAGAUGGUCUCUCGUUCCGCUUCCACGCGAUUCCGUACGCAAGUACGCCUGUGCGUUUCACGUACUCUACUGCAGACACAUCAGCACGGGUUAUCAACGCCACCGUCGCGGGAACAAGCAAGCAAUGUCCGCAGAACUCGGGUACAUAUACCGAAAAUUGCCUGGUUCUCAGCAUCUGGACAACAUAUCUGCCUAGUGCUUCUGCAAACGCAAGCAGUUUGAUCAACAGCGGCCUCCGACCCAUCAUGGUGUGGGUGCAUGGCGGAGGAAACGUAGCAGGCACUGGACUGGACCCUACUUUCGACGGAGGACAAUUGGCAUCACGAGGUGAUGUGGUUGUCGUGAACAUCAACUACCGACUGGGCACACUAGGCACUUUGCCCAUCAGUGACGACCUGACCGGCAAUUAUGGUCUACAGGACAUCGUCACUGCUCUGAAGUGGCUGAAGACCAACGCUGCCACAUUCGGCGGUGACGCUUCCUCGAUCACCCUCUUCGGCCAGUCGUCCGGCGCCAACCUGAUCCAGAUCUUGCUCGGCAAUCCCUCAGCGACUGGUCUUUUCCACAAGGUCAUCAUCCAAUCGGGCAAGCCUGCCGACAGCUACAACGGUGCUCUAGCUUCUGACACGUCCGAGACCAAAGCAGCUGCGACGCUUAGCGAUCUCGGAUGCACAAAGUCGACGACGGCUGCGACCCUGGCUUGUCUCCGUGCCCUGCCUGUCAGCAACUUCCUAUCCGGCACCGUUUACUCUCAGACGACAGUUGACUCCAAGUUCGUCCCACAGAGAGCUUAUGCACUCAAUGGACAUGGGCACACCACCAACAGGGUCCCGGUGCUGAUGGGCUUCAUGCGUGAUGAGAUGGCUUCGCUCGGCUACGUUCCUCCCAAGUCGGUGGUCAAUCUCAGUACAGCCAUGACCAACGCCGGCAUCGUCAAACGCACGCGCCAGAUUGUUCUCGACAAUCCAGACGUCUUCCCCAAAAGCAUUCCCAAUGGCGUCCAGAAUCUGACUGUACAGGUGGAGAGCUACAACAGUACUGGAUCCCGUUGCGGUAUACCAGCGACUGCUUAUGCCGCCGUACGCUCUGGAGCCUUCCCUAAUGUCUGGGUGUACACGCAGGACCAACGCUCGUACCAGAUUCCAAACUACGACCCGUAUGGAGUAUGCCAGCCCUCCACAGGCUCUAUGGCAGGCAACUCGAGCGCCUACUACUUCUGUCACUCGGGAGACCUCCUCUCCACUUUUGCCAACCCCAUGUACGAAUUUGGCAUGGGAGAUCGUGAUGGGGAGGACUUGGACUGGAUUCGCAACGUGGUAGACCAGUGGACUGCCUUUGCCCACAACUCCGACCCCAAUCCGACGGAUGCCUACCGUUCUGCCCGGGGGUACUCGGCCGUGCAGGGAGACCCUUGGCCCAAGCUCAGCACUUCUUCGGGAGCUGCCGCGAGCAGGAUGAUCAGCCUUGGACCCGAGCAGGUGGAUAUCCCCUUGGUGUAUAGUCCAGAGCAGUGUGAUAUUCUCGGCAACGGCAUCGAGUACAUCUACAAG